AUGUCAUUCAGAGGUAUAAAAAUUUUGGAUCAGUUAUUCCCAAAUAUGACGUGGGCACAAAGAGUUGUGGAGAUUUUGUACGAGCAAAUAUUAAUGCAUUUUCUCGCCAACUCUGAAAAGAUAUCACAGAACAUUCUCAAUCGAAAUCUGAAGGAUGCAGACAUCUCGUUAGUGAAUUGUCUAUACACAAAAUUUUGUAGCCUGACUUCACUCAUAAAUUCCAAAAGAAAUCAACGCAACGAAAUUACCAAAAAAAUAAAAUCUAUCCAAGACAAGAACGAGAAAAACAAAUUGGUCGAACAAGCGAAAGAGAUCAAAGAGGAAAUUCAAAAAAUGGAAGUCGAAUUGGUUAAGGUUGAAGAAGAAAUGCUGAUGGAAGGGUUGAAAAUUCCUAAUGACACACAUGAAGAGGUUCGAGUUGGCGGUGAGGAGGUUUCCAGGGUGGUAAAGAUUGUUGGAAAUCCAUUGGGUGAAUCUCUAGAACCUGUAGACUUUUCUACUUCCUCACGCGCACAAAUUGAUCCCAUUGUACGUAAAACAACCAAAGAUCACAUAGAAAUUGCGAAAAAAUUUGAUCUCAUUGAUUUCGAGGCAGCAUCAACUGUUACGGGUACAAGCUGGUAUUACUUGCGUAAUGCCGGUGCAUUACUAGAAUUGGCAUUAAUACAGUACGCCAUGCAAAAAUUGAUAGCCAAAGGGUAUACGCCAGUGAUUACUCCGGAUGUAGUAAGGACAGAAUUUAGUAAUGCGUGUGGAUUCCAACCACGGGAUGAUGAACUUUCUCAAAACUAUUUUGUUUCUACGGACGCUCAUAUUUCGCCAGGAGAUUCUGCAUCCUAUCAGCGUACGCUAGCCGCUACGGCUGAAAUUCCACUCGCGGGAAUUUAUGCAGGCAAAAUAUUGUCACCAUCACAGUUACCCAUACGGAUGGUGGGAUUUGGUAGAGCGUUUAGAGCAGAAGCGGGAGCACGAGGUCAAGACGCAAAAGGACUUUAUCGUGUACAUCAAUUUAGUAAGGUUGAGAUAUUUUGUUUGACCAGACCUGAGGAAAGUAAUGCAAUGUUGAAUGAGAUUGUUAAUAUACAAGAAGAGAUAUUCCGUGAAUUGGAAUUAUGUUUUAGGCAUGUACGAACUUUAAUAAAUUUCUGGAUUUUGGACAUGCCUACAUACGAACUUGGAGCUAGUGCAUAUCGGAAAUUCGAUAUAGAAGCUUGGAUGCCUGGACGCGGAAGAUGGGGAGAGAUAUCCUCCGCCUCAAAUUGUACAGACUAUCAAUCGCGCCGCUUAAACAUCCGAUAUAAACCCUCGAUUUCUUUACAAGAACAAGUUGGUAAUAAUGCAAAUAAUAUCGCAGGACAGAAAGCCCAACAAACACAGCACACGGAAUUUGUUCACACACUGAAUGGAACCGCAAUUGCGGUACCAAGAAUGAUUAUUGCAAUACUUGAGAACUUUCAAAGGGAUGAUGGGAAAGUGACAAUACCAAAAGUGUUAAGAAAUUGGAUGUGUGGAAUGAAAGAAAUAGGGUGA